AUGGAAGCCCGAUUCGCAUCUCGGGGUGGGGUCUGGCUUUGCGGGGCGGAUGAAAGUUGUUACCCACCUCCCGAGAUGCUGCCCCAGGUGGUGCGUGCCCUGCCCCGCAAAGCCGGGCCCCACGCCGUACCUUAUCUCAACCUCAUCCGUCUCCCCAAAAAACCAACCCUCAUCAAGGACCCUCCCCCGACCAAAACGCAAACCAUGACUCCCGCAACCCCCGACCCCAAAAUCCUCCGGCGCUGCGUCGAACUCGCCAGAGAAGCCCUCGACGCGGGCGACGACCCUUUCGGCUCCGUCCUCGUGGGCGCGGACGGCGCCGUCAUCCGCGAGGACCGCAACCGCACCAAGACGGGCGACGGCACCGCCGGCAGGCCCGACGCGACGCUGCACCCGGAGUUCACCCUCGCGCGCUGGGCGCAGCUCAACCUGACGGACGAGGAGCGGGCCGGGGCCUCGGUCUACACGUCCGGCGAGCACUGCCCCAUGUGCGCGGCCGCGCACGCCUGGGUCGGGCUCGGCGCCAUCGUGUACGUGUCCUCGACGGAGCAGUACGCGUCGUGGUUGGAGGAGUUCGGGGUCCGGCCGGGGAGGAAGGUGGCGCCGCUUCCUAUCCGGCAGGUCGCGCCGAAUGUUCCUGUGCGGGGACCGAUUGCUGGGCUUGCGGAGGAGGUGAAGGAGCUUCAUCGGAAGAGGCAUGCGGCUGGGGUUUGA